UGUAAAUACAUCACCCGGUGCUCGAUUUCCUUCAUCACCUUAUGGCACCCCACCCAUAGUACCUCUGGAAUGUCGCCGUGUUCAAGAGUUGGGCAUAUAUCUCACUGAACUAUCGCCGGGACCUUUGCAUUUGUCGUCCUGGGCUACAUCCCCAACAUGCCCUCGACAUUCCACCCAUUCUCAGCUCUUCCGACCGAGCUUAGGCUGCGAGUCUGGAAAGAUGUCAUUCGGCCAGAUCUGCCAGCGGUGCACAUUUUACGUCUGCAUGUUCCUGGCUCGCAUGUUCCAGUUCGACCCCAAGACACAAUCCGGUUUCCUCAUCACCCUGCAUACCAAAGACUUUUACACCCCGAUGAUUUUGUGGCUAUUCCAUUGUAGAACAGGUAUCUAGAUGGUAUCUACAAUGGCAGCGACUUUAAUAUAUCGACAUACCUGACCGAUGCCGGACUGUGGACGGCUUGCCACGAAUCAAGACUCACGAUGCAGAAGCACUUUCUGCAGGACCCAUGGCUCUCUCCUCCGUGGACGGGGUACUACAUCUCUGGCGGUGCUCCCGCAUAUAUCACAAUCCGUUACAACGAUGACCUAGUUAUCCUGCAGCUCGACAGCCUCGAAUUCGAAAAAUGGGAUGAUGAAACAGUGGGCCGCUUACAAAACAUCCAUGAUAUCCAUAUCGAGUACAGAGCUGAGUGGAGCAUCGACUUUUACGAAGAAGACGAAGGGGGCGAUGAAGCCGAUGCAUUUUGAGACUGUGAACCUUGGAACGCGCGUUUGGUUGAUUGACCAUAACCUGAGACAAAAGGUAGACGCUCCCCCUUGCUAUGAAAAGCGUGAUGGAUAUUUUUGGGAGCUCCAGAAUGUUUCUUUUUAUGGGGCCGACAGGAAGUUCUCUAGCACUGGUCUUGAAAAAGGGGGAGAGCGCCUGGCUCACUGGGAAUAUAUUAACCCAGUCUCAGAUGGAGAUCAUCGCAAAUUCUCAUUACACUUUGCAGGCCGACUGCAGGAGUUUUAUAAAGAACGAUGAAAGUGGACUGAUGCCUCAGGAUCGGUCUUGGGGCUUCUUGGGUGGGAUCGCCUUUGA